GACAGACUGGGUUGAAUAAUUUAUUGUUGCUGGUGAGAAGGAAGGAGCGGUAUGUCUGGAAAGAGGAGGUGACUACCGUCUCUAGAUAGAGGUGGCUACUGCCUUUGGUGGAUGCUUGUAUUUGUUUUCUCUUUGUCAUGGUCAGCAGUGUUGUCACUGGUCAUGCUAACAUCUUGGUAGGGGAUUGUGAAGAGUGGAGCCACCUCCAACUGCUACUCUCCCCAGCUGGAGGAGCUUCUGACUGGGCUACAGAGCUUGGUAAGAGUCCCUUAUCAUAAAUACUACCAGGACUUGCAUGGGACAACAGACACUGAACGGAAGCAGCAUAACGUGACCAAUAACUCUUUGUUGAGAACAUGAUCAGUUUGUCUUUGGAAGUCGACUACUACGCUCCACAUUCGAAAUCUGUGAUGUAAACCAUCUCAUCCUUCACUCCCCUGUUUCAAGCUACUGUGCAGGACAGAAAAGGACGUUUCAUGAAUCAAUAUUCGCUAGUUGAAGCCAUGACAGACAACUUGAGAAUUGUGUAAUUCUCUCAAAGAAGGAGCCUCUCGUCUAGUAGGGCCGACUCGUUGAGGAGCCACAGAGGAAACUUCACGGUUCCGAAGCUGCUCCCGGAAUCCAACAUGGUGUUCGGAGUUCUAGGUGUGUUCUUGGGUCUACUCCUUGAGGUUUCUACACACGGACCCCACAGCAUUCCCCGGACCUCCUGGAAACACGAAGAGCUCAAGUUGGUGGAGUUUUCUGAGCCCGGCAUCUUCAACUAUUCCACUCUGUUGUUGAGUGAGGAUAAGGAUGUGCUGUACGUGGGAGCGAGGGAGGCCAUCUUUGAACUCCGCAUGACCAAUGUGUCAAUCAAGAACAACAAGGUUCAAUGGAAGGUGCCGGAAAGCCACAUGACGAUGUGCAUUGUAAAAGGAAAAUCUAAAGAGACAGACUGUCUAAACUACAUCCGGGUGUUACAAGUGUUGGACGACAAGCGACUGUAUGUCUGUGGGACACAUGCCUUUCAGCCCGUCUGUCACUACCUAUCCCUAAAGGAUUUCAGUCUGGAGGGUCCAGCGGAGGACGGAAGAGGGAAAUGUUCCUUUGACCCAUCUCAGAGCUUCACAACGGUCAUGGUUGAUGGAGAACUUUACUCUGGAACGUCCUAUAACUUCUUAGGAAGUGAGCCGAUCAUCUCCAGAUAUUCUCUUUCACAGAGUCUGUUGCGGACAGAGUAUUCAACAUCUUGGCUGAACGAACCCAGUUUUGUUUUUGCUGAUGUCAUCAGAGAGGGGAAGAACAGUGCAGAUGGUGAGGACGAUAAGAUCUACUACUUCUUCACUGAGGUGUCUGUGGAGUACGAGUUCUUUGGCAAGCUGCUCAUCCCCAGGAUAGCACGCGUCUGUAAGGGUGAUCUGGGGGGCCAACGGACGCUACAGAAGAAAUGGACCAGUUUCCUGAAGGCCAAGCUGGUGUGUUCCAUGCCAGAGCUCAACUUCGUGUUCAACGUGGUUAAUGACGUGUUCAUACUGAAGACUGCUGACUGGAGAGAGACUGUCAUCUACGGAGUGUUCACAUCCCAGUGGGGAAACGUAGGCCUGUCUGCAGUGUGUGCCUACGACAUGUUGUCAGUAGAAAAUGUGUUCUCCAAGGGGAAAUACAUGCAGAAAGCCACAGUGGAACAGUCUCACACCAAGUGGGUGAGGUACAACGGGAUCACCCCCACCCCUCGCCCAGGAGCUUGCAUCAACAACCACCACCGUCUCCAGAACAUCAGCAGCUCUCUCCACCUGCCUGACAAGACCCUGCAGUUUGUUAAGGACCAUCCCUUACUGGAAGACCCUGUCCUUCCCAUCGGCAACGGGCCCAAACUCAUCACCAAGGAUGUCAGCUACACCCAGAUCGCUGUGGAGAGGGUGCAGGCGUUGGACAACAACGUAUAUGACGUCAUAUUUACUGGGACCGAUAAAGGACUUCUGCAUAAAUCGGUGGUGUAUGACGGGCUGGUCCAUACAGUGGAAGAGAUUCAGCUUCUCCACAAAUCUGAGCCUAUCAAGACCUUGCUUCUGUCAUCACAAGGGACGAGGUCCCUGUACGCUGGCUCAGACUCGGGCGUGGUGCAGUCUCCUACUGCGUUCUGUGACAAGUACCCAUCCUGUUCAGACUGUAUCUUGACCCGGGACCCUUACUGUGCCUGGGAUCCAGACUCUUCCACCUGUGUCAACAUCUUCCACACCCAGGGCCUCACGCACCGGAACUUGAUCCAGAGCCUUAACGGUGAUGCAGACAAGUGUCCCUCAGCGCCAGGGCUCUCCGUGGAGAACUACCAGCGGGUGACAGUUAAACCAGGGAGCUCGGCUGAGCUGCCAUGCCUGGUUCAGUCCAACCUGGCCGUGGUGGUCUGGAAGCAGAACAGCAGCACCAUGACCGAGGCCUCCAAGUUCCACCUGAUGGGUGAGACGGGUCUGCUCAUUUACAGCGUGGCCCCAGAGGACCACGGCCUGUACGAGUGCUGGUCACUGGAGUGGGCCCCUGUUGCAGGGAAGAACUUCAGCCGCCUCCUGGCUGGGUAUGUCCUAGACCUGGAUGUCCCCAGGAGGCCAUCACCACGAGGCCACCCCCCUCAGACCGCCAGCACCCUCAGCUCUGCUCACCCCCACCACCAGUCCACCGCUGCCACUGAAGCCGCCUCCUCUGCUGUUCCUCCUCUCUCUCCUGUUGACACUUCCUCAUCCCUGUCCACCUCGGGAAGUAGUCCCUCUCUCCCUCCUUCCUCCACCUCCUCUGAGGGGUUAGGGGUAUGCCUGCUGCCCCCAUCCCUCCAAGACCAGGCUUGGGGGGUUCAGGCUCAGGAGGCCUUCCUGCUCUUCUGUCUGGCCUUGGGUCCCAGUGAUCUCCAAAUUCACUGGCAGGUGAACGGGGCCCACCUGGAGACGCCCAUCACAGAGUACCGCCACCCCUUGGUCCGGGGGGACCCCCAUGGAGAGGUGCUGGUGAGCAGCUGGGUGAGAGAGAGGGCCCUGGUCAAGGACUCCAGCUACCAAUGUGUCGCUGCGUCCAGCGCAGGAAAUGACACAUCUAAAGUGGACCUCAACAUCCUCAGUAGAGAUGAAGACAGUAUUCCAUCCAGAGAUAUGAGCCAAUGGAGGAGUGCCCUCUCGGAACACAACAAACUGCUAAAGAGGUGGAAAAGAGCAUGGGAAAGCUGUGAGGGUCAAGGUGCUCUCUGAGGUCACCUGAGCUCCACUGUUAUUGGCUCCUAAGACAGGCUUCAGCCCAGGUGACCCUACCUGACCUUGGUCCAAAAAUGCCAAGUCAUGACGAGACAUGGUACUAUUCUCGCCGUUCGACGCCUGACGCAAGGCUUCAACCUCUGGCUUCGGUUCUGCAGUGUUCACCUGUUGUGGUGCAUCAAAGAUAUUCUAUAAUGUUACAGGCCCUUCAUACAGGCUUUAGCAUAGGCCUUAGUCUCCCCCUUACUGACUGACUGGGGACUGGGCAGAUCAGUUGACUUUGCUCUUGGGAGGGUCUACUCUGCAUUCCCAGUGAAAGCAGAAGAUUCUCUGUGACUGAGUGGCGGCAUGCAGUGUCAGAUAUCUCCACAGUGUCUGAUAUCUCCACAGUGUCUGAUAUCUCCACAGUGUCUGAUAUCGCCACAGUGUCUGAUAUCGCCACAGUGUCUGAUCUUUCCUCAGUGAUCGACAGUCUACCUUUGAAGUUUGCACUUUCUUUCUCUACUGUGGUAGCAGUGUCCAUCUGUCUUUCACAGUGGGCAGCUGUUACAGAUGAGAAUGAGAUGGGUUUUGUUUUUAGAUAAGUUUUAAAGUAUGGGAAUAUAAGGUUUGUUUUGUUUUAUUUAGAUUAUUUUACCGGUAUGUCUAGACUAGAAUAUAUCCACAUUGAUUUCUCAAUCAAAAUUAGAGUUGAGCUCUUUGUUUUACCAUUACAGUACAUAAUAUUACAUUACCAGUGCUUUGCCAGAGUAACUAGAGAUGAGUAAAUUGUGUCAGUACAAAGAUGUACAGACACAAAUGUAACCUCUAAACUCCACUCUCCACUCCAUAGUGCCUUUCAAUAGGUUCAGAUUGCUGAAUAAAUGCAGUUGUAGCCUAUUAAUGAUUCAGAUUCCUGUAUUUUUGCCGACACAUGUAUUCUCUGUCAUUAUGUGGUCAGUUAAACUCUUGUCACUGAAAUGUUUAAUUCCAUGUGUUAAUCAUAUGACAAUGUGGGAGAAGAAAAUUGUAUUAAAGAGAACUUGACAGUGGAA